GUUUGGACGUCUGUGUAAGUGUAAGAGCAUUAUGGUGGCGUUUAAAGGAGUCUGGACUCAACCCUUCUGGAAAGCCGUUUCGGCCGAAUUCCUGGCGAUGCUUAUUUUUGUCCUCCUCAGCCUUGGCUCCACAAUCAACUGGGGUGGAGCAGAGAAGCCCCUGCCUGUAGACAUGGUUCUUAUCUCCCUCUGCUUUGGACUCAGUAUUGCAACCAUGGUGCAGUGCUUUGGACACAUCAGUGGAGGCCACAUUAACCCUGCUGUGACCGUGGCAAUGGUCUGCACAAAGAAGAUCAGCCUCGCCAAGUCUGUCUUCUACAUUCUUGCCCAGUGCCUGGGAGCCAUCGUGGGUGCAGGCAUCCUUUACCUUGUCACACCACCAAGCGUGGUAGGAGGUCUGGGAGUCACUGCGGUACACGGAGAUCUUUCCGCAGGGCAUGGACUCCUGGUGGAGUUGAUAAUUACAUUCCAGCUGGUUUUUACUAUUUUUGCUAGCUGUGAUUCGAAACGAAGUGAUGUCACAGGUUCAGUAGCAUUAGCAAUUGGAUUUUCUGUUGCAAUUGGACAUUUAUUUGCUAUCAAUUACACCGGUGCCAGUAUGAACCCUGCUCGAUCAUUUGGACCUGCUGUCAUCAUGGGCAGAUGGGAAAACCAAUGGGUAUAUUGGGUGGGACCAAUAAUAGGAGCAGUCCUUGCUGGUGCUCUUUAUGAGUAUGUCUAUUGCCCAGAUGUUGAACUCAAGCGCCGUUUCAAAGAUGUCUUCGGUAAGGCUAGCCAGCCUUCCAAAGGGAAAUACAUCGAGGUGGAUGAUAACAGGAGCCAUGUAGAGACCGAUGACCUGAUCCUGAAGCCUGGCAUAGUUCAUGUGAUUGAUAUUGACAGGGGUGAGGACAAGAAGGGAAGAGAUCCAUCCAGCGAGGUGUUGUCUUCUGUAUGACUAGCAAGAAGCACUGAAAGCAGAGAGAGGCCUGCUAGCACGUCCACAGAUAUCCUUCCUAUUAAAGAAACAGAUCUCCUUUAGACUGAGCAUCUGCCAUCUCUUAAAAAGUAUGGUGUAGGCAGAUGCAUGGAAUGGUGUCAUCAAACCAUACGCCUGCUCAGUCAGAAGAUUAGGACUUUGCUAUAAUUAGGAUCCCCCAUCUAUUAUUCCAAAUUAAGCCUUGUUCCUAGUAUUUUCCUUUCCUUCUUUCUGGAGCAACCCCAAAGUCAAAAAAAGAGAUGAAAGCAUUCUCCUUUAAUAAAUCAGUCAAUAAUGAGAUAAAGAUAGAGAUGUUUAACAUUCAGAUUGACAGUUAAGACAUAUCAGGAAAUGCCUAUAGACAUGAAGACCUACUUAUCAGAUUGUUCUUCUGACACUUAAUUGGCUGUUGUCAGCUCCGAUUAUAACAUCUUACCCAUUAAACGUUUUCUGCGAGGUUCAGGGACAGCACCAGCACUAUUUAAGAGUUUUAUCCACAGACAAGCCAGGGAGUAUUGUUUCCACUCAUGUACAUGACUAUUGCAUUGCAAACUGCCUCCGAAAAAAGGAUACUUUAAUAGGUUUUUUUUUUUAAAAUUCUAUCAACCCAUCAAAUUUCACUCAUGUGAUUUGCCAUAUAAAUACAUUUUCUUCAUCCCCAAGAGUAAAUAUGCAGAAAUGGAAUGUUGAAGUGUAUGGUAAUAAGGCUGCAAAGCAUUUGACUGUACUUCAUACUCCCUCUUGUCAUUGUCUGGUGAAACAUUCUCCUGGGGUUUGACUAUUGACCAUUUAGUGUUAGCAGACUCUCAAGGUCAUGCAAAGAAUAUAAAGGCUUUCCUGUUACUUAAUAACUCAAAUAAGAGAUAUCAGAAGAAAAGAAGGCAUAUCUGUUUUCAGUGCACUUGUUCGAAUACACAUUUCUGUGCUAAUUUAUGUAAACUAAAGGUUUAAAUUACUUAACUAUUUUCUUACA